AUGCAGAUUCAGCGGCAGCAACAGGCGCUGGCGGCGGCGCAGCAGCAGAUUACCUCUCAACAGCGGCUGGUGGAGGACCUGCAGCGGGAGGUCGACAUGCUGCGCUCGGACAGGCGGAAGCUGCACAGGCGCAACGUCGAGCUGGCAGCCAGGCUGGAGCAGGCGGAGGUCGAAAGCCGCGCCGCGGCGGCCGGCGCGCACAGCGGCGUCGACGACACAGACCCGAAGCUCAACGGCCUCGGCCACGGCGGCGCGCUCUCCGGCCCCGGCUGGCGGCCCGCGGAGGGCGGCGCGCACAGCCUCGCAGACGCGCCGCCGUGGGCGCUGCACUGCGCGGUGGCGGUCGCGGCGGUGGCGGCGUCCUGGGUCUAUGGCUCAAUGCUGCUGGGCUGCCUGCCGCCCAACAGCCCCCGCCUCAAGCGGUUCUUCUUCUGCCUGUCGUACGUCAUUAUAGGCUAUGUCGCCCGCUGCGCCGCGGAGCGCCUCGGCGGCAGCGGCGGCUCGCAGCACGCGGGGGGCCCGCGGUGGGCGCCGGCGGGGGACUGGGCGGCGGCGGCGCUGCACCUCCACCACAACGGCCACGGCGCGCACGCGCAGUGA